UUGUUGUUGCUGUUAUUCGGCCGCGCAAAGACUACAUGUUGACCUCCAAGAUCGCUGCUCUCGUCGUCGUCGUCGUCGACCUCGUCGUGAACAGACGACACAAGCCCUCUCCUCCUGCGUGUACGGGCACCCUGUUGCUGCCCCUCUGCCACCAACGCCGCCGCCGACGAUCCAUCAUCAGACUGCAGCGUCUCGACAUUGACGCCCGGAAGCGCGAGGCUGUCCAACCCGAGAAGGUACUGCCUCCUCAUCUCGGCAUUGUCCCCCGUGAAGGUCGCCGCGUCCAGGACGCCGCCCGCUGCCAGCCGCUGCGUGGCCUGCGCGAGCAGCUGUGCGCCGAGCUGCUUCACCUCGGACGACUCGCGGUGGUAGCCCACGCCCGGGUUCGCCGCGACCAGGAAGUCGAGCGCCCGCGAGUGGUAGUAGUGCUCGAGCAGGCCCGCCAUCAUUAUGUCCCGGUGCGCGGCCGUCGAGGUGCCAUCGCUGCUGCCGAACCCCCCGCCGCCAGUGGACGACAGCUCGCCAUUGGUAAAGAGGAUCUCCGUCGACGGCGCCCCGCCACCGUCACGGUGGGAAGGCGAGGAGGCGGCGACAUGAUCAUCAUCGUCUGUGCCGUCCGUGCCGGCGUGCGAGUGCGUCUGCGAGAGGCUGCUGUGGCUGUUGUUAUCAUUGCCCUGCCGGGACGCUCCGGUGUCCUCUUCCGAGUCAAUCGUCCUCGCCCUGUGCAGCAGCACCCUGGUCCUGGUCCUGGUCCUGGUUCUGUUCCUGUUGCUGCUGCCGAGUUGUUGUUUGCUUGCAUCGCCCUGGCCGUGGCCGGGGGGGCUGCGGCGCGUGUGAGUAUCAUUGUUGUCGACUUGGCCUCCUUGUUCGGCACCACCACUGCUCCCUCUCUCGCUCCCGCUCUCACUUUCAUACUCGGACCCGUCGUCGGACUCUGAGGUGCUGCUCACGUCCGUCUGCCGCCGGAACAUGCUCAUGUUGGCGUCAUGCGGUGGCUAGUCUCCAUUUUACUCAUUGCCCGUGUCUCUCCUAGUUUAAUCCACUUGUUGCCGGCGGGAGUAGUGAUUCAAAGAAGGUCGGGGCCGGCGCAUGCAAUGACGUUGGAGGGGUCCAGGGCCUGCCUGGUAUUAAGUCCAGUAGUCCUAUCGUUGAUCA